AAAAGAAAUACCCACGACUUGGAGCACCUCGCGAUCGGGAGUUACCUAUUAGUAAUGGUAACGAGGUGCGUCUCUUGGCAGCUAACACCAUACCGAUAACAGCCUAGCGCGUACCCUAUCGUCAGCUAUCGGCUGCUACCCUGCUAUCGAUAAGCCAGCUGUCUUGCAGGUGGCCAACCCCGGUAACCUAACCCGCCUACCACUGGAUAACCCCCAGUUACUUUACUCUGCUCUAGGUCUAAGUCCGCCUCCCAACUUUCACGUCUGCAACCUCUUUUUCUUUUCUUUUCUUUUCUCUCUACCAACGCCUGCCACCAUGACACACGCGGCGCCUGUCGACAUCGCCAAUGGGAAUGGCGUCGCCUUGGGCGCCCUCUCCCCCAAGAAGGUUGCCUAUUUCUACGAUUCCGACAUUGGCAACUUUGCUUAUGUGGCCGGCCAUCCGAUGAAGCCUCAUCGCAUCCGCCUCGCCCACAGCUUGAUCAUGAACUACGGCGUCUACAAGAAGAUGGAGAUUUACCGCGCCAAACCGGCCACGCGACUGGAGAUGACCCAAUUCCAUACGGACGAGUACAUCGACUUCCUACAGCGAGUUACCCCCGAGAACAUGGACAACUUCCAGCGAGAGCAGGGCAAGUAUAAUGUCGGAGAUGACUGCCCCGUUUUCGACGGCUUGUUCGAAUUCUGUGGCAUCAGUGCCGGCGGGAGCAUGGAGGGCGCUGCCCGCCUCAAUCGACAGAAAUGCGACAUUGCCGUGAACUGGGCUGGUGGUCUGCACCACGCCAAGAAAUCCGAAGCCAGCGGCUUCUGCUACGUUAACGAUAUCGUCCUCGGUAUCCUGGAACUUCUGCGCUUCAACAAACGCGUUCUUUACGUCGAUAUCGACGUCCACCACGGUGACGGCGUCGAGGAAGCCUUCUAUACCACGGACAGGGUGAUGACCGUUUCCUUUCACAAGUAUGGCGAAUACUUUCCAGGGACGGGUGAAUUGAGGGACGUCGGAAUCGGGCAGGGAAAAUAUUACGCGGUCAACUUUCCUCUGCGCGACGGCAUAGAUGACACAUCGUACAAGUCCAUCUUCGAGCCCGUUAUCGCGAGCGUCAUGGAGUUCUAUAAUCCCGACGCGGUCGUCCUACAGUGCGGCGGCGACAGCUUGUCCGGCGACCGUCUCGGCUGCUUCAACCUGAGUAUGGACGGACACGCAAACUGCGUCAAGUACGUCCGGAGCUUCAAUCGCCCAACCUUGGUCCUGGGCGGAGGCGGCUACACGAUGCGCAAUGUUGCCCGUACCUGGGCUUUCGAGACGGGCCUGCUCGUAGAUGUCAAGAUGGACCGCACCUUACCCUUUAACGAGUACUACGAAUAUUAUGGCCCCGAUUAUGCGCUGGAUGUCCGCGCUUCUAAUAUGGAGAACGCAAACAGCCCAGAAUACCUGGAAAAGAUCAAGAACCAACUGGUCGAGAACCUCCGACGCACUGCGCACGCGCCUUCAGUGCAGAUGCAAGAUGUCCCCCGCCGUUCCAUGGGCGCGAUGUCCGACGAAGAAGAGGCCGAGCUUGACGAUCUCGACGAAGACGAAAAUAAAGACGUCCGGAUGACCCAGCGCGAAUGGGACAGGCACAUCGAGCGGGAAAACGAGUUCGAAGAGAGCGAUAACGAAGAUUUGGAUCGAGCAAACGGCGUUCACCUAAACGGGAGCACGCGACCCUCGUUCAACGACUUCCGCAACUCGGACGCGGAGGGCGAUAGCCGGGUCCCGACCCCUGCUGCCAACGGCACUAGCGACAACGUUAUCAAGUCCAAGGAAACUGACGACGUGCUCAUGGAAGAUGUCCCGGAUCGGGAGCCAGGACCUCGAGAGGAAUCCGGGUCGCCCGCCAAGGCCGAGGGGCAGGAGGGCGAGGAGGCGAGUGCCGGAGACGAAGAAAAGAAGCGGGACACGGCGAAGGAGCCAGAAGCAGCAGCGACAUCGGAUAAGCAUACGAGUGAGACCGAGAAGGGGACUGUGGCCGAAGAGAGCAGCAAUGUGAAGGAGAAGGCCGAACCGUCGAAGGAGAAGGACGAGGUGAUGCAAGAUGCCGACGAGAACAGCAAGACGCAGCCGGCAGAGGCCGAGAAGCCAGCGAGAGCGACGUCGGAGGCGAAGACCACGGAACCAGCGAAAGUGGACAAAGAUGGCGACAUCGAUAUGGAGAAGCCCACCGCUGAACCGACAAAAGAAGAUAGCGCCGAGUCCAAGAAUGAACAAGCGGCCGAGAGCGCGGGCGCCGAUGCUGGUGACAAGACGACCGACGGCAAGGAGAAGAUCGGCACCCAGGAAUAAAAAAAAAAUAGCCUGCCUCUGUUUGAUACCCAAAAGCUUUCUUUUGUCCUUUCUCGGCCGUCUUUCCCCGCCAAUGAUAUCAAUGUACCUAUAUGGGACAGGCGAAAUUGGGGUAUUAUCACUGGGCUCACUCAUGCAGAGUAGCUAAACA